AGUCGGCCACCUGUCAGUUGUGUUUGUGGGGCGAGCUGGGAGCUGGGAAAGUUUGUUACGACGGAAGAAGGAAAACAUUCACCCUUCGAACGUAAAGAAACCCAAAGUCUGGAAAUAUUUACAGCGUAAAUUACACACACACACACACACAGGACGACGACCGCACAAUCUCUGUUUCUCUGUGGUGUACAGGCAUUUUACCCCGUUUUACCCGCACACAAAUUAAGACGAUGCUCAGCUGAAGUGUAUCCUCGGUGAAGACGCAGCAGAAAGCACCAGAGUUCGAGGACGGACGGAAGACGGAGCAGUGCAGCGCGCAGUGUUUUGAAUUGAUUCCGUGCAAUACAUUCGUCUUGUCUUUGAGCUUACCCCGUGCACGGAUGUGACUCAUCGUGUUCCGGUUGGCGAACUGCUCCCCGAUCAAGAAGCAAAGAAGGUUGUCUGCUUAUCUAGCCCGCACAGGCAAGCACAACACGCAAACACAGAAACACUCGACCAUGAUCACGCUAGCCCGCAAGAAGAAAGAGUCGGGCAGUGGCGGCGGUGGAGGUGGCGGAAACGGAGGAUCCACCACCGGAAGCACUGCUGGUGGCGGUGGCGCUGGCGGUGGUGGUCCGCUGUCCGAUGCGCCGAAGCGGAUAUCCAUCCGGGAGUUUCUGCUCGUGAAGGAGGUGCAGGAGCUGGAACAGAACCUGCCGAUCACCUGCAAGGUGACGUUCCACGAUCCGAACGUGCUGAGCGAGUUCACGCUAGUCAUCAGUCCGAACGAAGGGUUUUGGUGCGGGGGUCGCUUCAAGUUUAGCAUUCUCGUGCCGGAAGAGUACAACAUGGCGCCACCGAAGGUGAAGUGUCUUACCAAGCUGUGGCACCCGAACAUAUCCGUCGAGGGAGACAUCUGCCUUUCGCUGCUCCGGUUGAACUCGAUCGACGGGCUCGGGUGGGCACCGACCCGCCGGCUCAAGGAUGUCAUCUGGGGUCUCAACUCACUCUUCACCGACCUGCUAAACUUUGACGACCCGCUCAACAUCGAAGCGGCGGAACAGUAUUCCAAAGACAAGGAGCGCUUCCAGGCGAAGGUGCGCGAGUACGUGUCCGCAUACGCGAGAAGAUAAUAAUUCAAGACUUCCUCCACCACCAUCAUCACCCUUCCCUUUUCCAUUCCCUUUCCCUUCCCUCCCCAAGAGACUGUAAACACCCUCCUGCCGAUCCUGCCUCCGGACUCCGGGCCCUUUUUUGGGGGAGCAGAGACGAAAGAGAGAGGGAUAUAGAGAGAGAAGUGGGAUAAAAACAGGAAGAUUCGCCCUCCCACGAACCGUAGAGGAUUGCCACACCUACACACAAGCAUUAAUAUAUACCCCUUUCUCACAUAAGUACACACAUAUAGUCAAAGCAGAAGCAUGUAAAGCAUAACUUAAUGCAUAAUCCCAUUACAAACACAGAAACGUCCAAAGGACGAUCCAUUUUAGAGCUUAGAAAGGGCACGAACAUUUGUUUCAAAGUGUAAUUAUACAGUAAUAGCUAAUAAUAAUAGUAGAAGAACACAUAUUUAACCGAUUUGCUCAACCACACUCACAACAAAAAGUCUUCUAGAAAACGCAAAAGAUACGCAAUUUUAUUACUUUUAUCGUUUUUCCAGCAUCAAGCAAUGAAAUGAUACAAUUCACGGUAUGAAAGAAGAGCAUUCUUCCCGUAUCGUCGUUACGUUGUCUCUCUCUCUCUCUCAAAUCUCUCUCUACAUCUCUCUCUCUCUCACUUCCCCCAUUAGAAAAAAGGGCAACUGAUUCAGAAUUGUAAUUAUAUAAUGAUGCCGGUAAUACUGAUAAUCGAAUUUCGCAUGUAAGUUUAGCAAUGUCUAGUAAAUAAAAGGAAACGUUUAAACAACGCUGUGACUCUGAGGAAACGAAACGAAACACGAAA